AGUUACGAGCCUCCACUGACCAACGUGUUCACCAUGCAGUGGUUCCUAACUCUGUUCUGCAACUGCCUGCCUCAAGACACUGUGUUGAGGGUCUGGGAUCUCAUCUUCCUGGAGGGGAACCACAUCCUCCUCUCCACUGCUCUGGCCAUCUGGAGCACACUGUCUGAUCGUAUCAUGACGGUGGAGAGUGCUGAUGAGUUUUACUCCAUCAUGGGAGUUUUGACUCGGGAGAUGCUUGAGUUUGGAUUGAUGGAUGCGAACGCUCUGAUCAAGGCCAUUGUAGGGUUCACACUCCCCGAGUUGCCGGAAUUGAGAGAGAAGUACUUGUACAACAUCACUCCUUGGACACAAUCUGUGUCUACAGUCGCUCGUCGAGGUCUGCGACUCUUCUACAGCGAUGAUGACACUGAUACUGAGGAAGACGAUGAGAAGAUUGCCAUUGCCACGGCCUACGGUCUCUUCCGCUCACCCAAACGGAAAGAUGGAGCCACUGGUGUAACUUCACCUCCGCGAGCCCUCACUUGUCCAGACAAAGAGAAGAUCGCAAUGGACAUCUCGGCUCUGACCAAGCAAUACCGCAAACUGAGGGAGCGACAGAAACAAGCCCAUGUCAUCCUUACAGCUGCUUGUGGCAAUCAGAGUCUGGUCGGCCCGACCUCGUCCCAUGUAGCCAUGAACCAUCUGUUGAUGGGGAAGUUCGCUCUAGUCAACAACAAGGGUCGAAGACUUGGUCCACCUCCGGGCUCCAUACCUCCACCUUCCCAGCCUCGACCCAGACAGGGAGAAAAACAAACCAUAACUAUCAGUGGUGAGACGUUGCACUGGAAAGACACGGCGGACGGAAAGAAAAUCCAACAAAGAGAUAACAGUGAUGAAGAGCACAGCCCUGAGCCAGGUUCCAGACGCAGCAGUUCGUCCUCUACCUCCACGGAGCUAUGUGAUGAUCCUCAACGAAGCCCGAGUGACUCUGAAGAUCUCAGUGAUGCGUCUGCUUUCCUACCAUCAGUUUGACCUUCCACACUUCAAAAUUCAUCUCAUUACAUCAUUCUGAAAUAAUGUUCGACACAGAACCAUCCACCCCAAAGAGAUUGAUGCAACCAAAAGUCCA